AUGGCGCCCCCCACCAGUGUGCCCUCCUCAUUGCUGCUGCUGACGGCUGUUGCAGGUUGUGCCUGUGGCCCGUGUCGCGAGGGGAGGACGUUCGCCAAUGCCAUCAUUUCGCCAGACCUGGAAACUACCAGGAUCACGCGGGGGCCUCCGGGCACCCCCGUGGUGGACUGCACGGCCGCAUGCUGUGAGCUGGCCGGCUGCGACCUGGCCUGGUGGUUCGAGGGCCGCUGCUACCUGGUGAGCUGCCCACACUUGGAGAGCUGUGAGCCCAAGACGAUGGGCUCCAUCGGGUCCUACCUCACCUUUGUGCGGAGGCCGGCCCGGCUGCUGGACCAUGGGGCGAUGAUGCUCAACAGGGGGGCCCCCUCGGGACUCUGGGGUGACCCGCCGGAGGAUAUCAGGAAGGACUUGCCCUUCCUAGGCCAAGAGUGGGGCCCAGAGGAGACGCCAGAAUACUCGGACGACUACAGGGAACCCGAGCAAGCCCCCCUCUGGCCCCUCGGCAAGCCGGGGCCCAGAGGGAGCGCCGAGCACAUGGCCUGGGGCCCGCGCGUGGUGGGCGGCAGCCCCUCUGCCGGAAGCGGCCUUCCAGGGGCCGCCGAGAAGCAGGACCACCCUGCGCUGCAUCCACUGAAUGCGUUCUCAUGGACCACGGCCCCCCAGCAGUCUCCCGAGAGUGCCUCGUUGCCUCCCUCGGUGACAGUUCCACCAUGGGGAGAGGCGUUGGGAAAGGAGGCUUUUCAGCGCCAGGAGCAACCCAGCACCAGCUCUGGAAGAGAGGUUCUAAUGCCUUCCCGUCAUCCUCCUCCAGCCAGAGUGGCAUUCAGCCCAGCCUCCACAGAGAAGAGCCCACUUCCCACAGUCCCCGCGCAGAGCCCAGAGCAUGGCGCCCCGACCCCUCCCACUAGCCUCGUCCCCGCUGAGCCCACCGCACCAGAGCAACCUGCGUCUCCGACCACUGCUCCCAGGACAGUGAAAGCACUCACAGUGUCCGCCGGGGAGAAUCUUGUAAUGACUUUACCGGAGAACCAAGUGGAACUGAAGGCUUUUGUUGUGCGCGCGCCACCUGCAGAAACCACCUACAGCUACGAAUGGAGUUUAAUAAGCCACCCUGCCAACUACCGAGAUGAAAUAAAAGAAAGACACACGCAAACUCUUCAUGUCUCUCACUUGUCAGCAGGACUUUAUGCCUUCAAAGUAGCAGUUUCUGGUGAAAAUGCCUUUGGAGAAGGAUUUGUCAAUGUCACGGUUAAGCCAGCCAGAAGAGUGAACCUGCCCCCCACAGCAGUGGUUUCUCCCCAGAUGCAAGCCCUCACCCUGCCUUUGACGUCGGCCUUCCUCGAUGGCAGCCAAAGUACGGAUGACACUAAAAUUGUGAGUUACCGCUGGGAAGAAAUUAGCGGCCCGUUCCGAGAGGAGACUCCUGCAGAUUCCCCCGUCCUACGUCUGUCUAACCUCGUUCCUGGAAACUACACUUUCAGAUUGACUGUUACAGACUCGGAUGGAGCCGCUAAUUCCACAACUGCAUCCCUAAUAGUCAGCAGUGCUGUGGACCAUCCUCCAGUUGCCAAUGCAGGACCAAAUCAGACCAUAACUUUGCCCCAAAACUCCAUCACUUUGAAUGGAAACCAGAGCAGUGAUGAUCACCAGAUUGUCCUCUAUGAGUGGUCCCUGGGUCCAGGGAGUAAGAGCAAAGAGGUGGCCAUGCAGGGUGUUGAGACACCAUACCUUCAUUUGUCGGCCAUGCAGGAAGGAGACUAUAUGUUCCAGCUGAUGGUGACAGAUUCUUCAAAGCAGCGAUCCACGGCUGUGGUCACUGUGACUGUCCAGCCCGAAAGCAACAGGCCUCCGGUGGCUGUGGCCGGCCCUGACAAGGAGCUGGUCUUCCCGGUGGAGAGCACCACCCUGGAUGGCAGCAGGAGCACUGACGACCAGGGCAUCGUCCUCUACCACUGGGAGCACGUCCGAGGCCCAGGCGCUGUGCAGAUGGAAAAUCCCGACGACGCUGUAGCCACAGUGCGCAGGCUCCGGGUGGGGACCCACCACUUCCGUCUGACGGUGACUGAUGGGCAGGGGCUGAGCAGCACGACCACCCUCACUGUGGCCGUGAAGAAGGAGAAUAACAGUCCUCCCAGAGCCCACGCUGGUGGCCGCCAUGUGCUUGUGCUUCCCAAUAACUGCAUUACUUUGGACGGUUCGAGGUCUACCGAUGACCAAGGAGUUGUGUCCUACCUGUGGGUCCGGGAUGGCCAGAGCCCAGCCGCUGGGGAUGUCAUCGAGGGCUCCGACCGAAGCGCAGCCCUGCAGCUUACCAAUCUGGUGGAGGGCAUCUACACGUUCCGCUUGCAAGUUGCUGAUGGUCAGGGGGCCUCGGACACAGACACGGCCACCGUGGAAGUGCGGCCAGACCCCAGGAAGAGUGGACUGGUGGAGCUGACCCUGCAGGUGGGCGUGGGGCAGCUGACCGAGCAGCAGAAGGACACCCUCAUGAGACACCUGGCGGCCCUGCUGAAUGUGCCAGACUCAGACGUUAAGGUUCAGAAGAUCCAGGCCCACUCGGAUCUCAGCACCGUGAUCGUGUUUUAUGUCCAGAGUGGGCCACCUUUCGAGGUUCUCAAAGCUGCCGACGUGGUCCACAGUUUGCACAGGCAGCUCUCAAAGGAGAAGGCCGAUUCCUUGCUCUUCAAAGUCUUGAGGAUCGACACAGCAGGCUGCCUUCUGCAGUGCUCUGGCCAUGGUCACUGUGACCCCAUCACGAAGCGCUGUGUGUGCUCCCAGCUGUGGAUGGAGAACCUGAUACAGCGUUACAUCCGGGAUGGGGAGAGCAACUGCGAGUGGAGUAUAUUCUACGUGACGGCGUUGGCUCUCACUGUCCUAGUGCUGAUCGGGGGCUCGCCCUGGCUUUGCAUCUACUGCUGCAAGAGACGAAAAAGGACUAAAAUAAGGAAGAAAACCAAGUAUACCAUCCUGGAUAACAUGGACGACCAGGAGAGAAUGGAGCUGAGGCCCAAGUAUGGUAUUAAACACCGAAGCACAGAGCACAACUCCAGCCUGAUGGUGUCCGAGUCUGAGUUUGACAGUGAUCAAGACACAAUCUUCAGCCGAGAGAGGAUGGAGAGAGGGAAUCCAAAAGUCUCUAUGAAUGGUUCCCUCAGAAAUGGAGCUUCCUUCAGCUAUUGCUCAAAGGACAGAUAA